UAUUAAACUUGGAAGAAGAAGACACGCUACUGCAGUGAAUAAGCAUUUUAGUUCAUUCGUCGUAGUUUUAAGACGUCACUGUAUACUUAAAUGUUUACUUCCAAAGAAAGAUAUUUUUGAUUAUACAGCGUCCACCAACCGAAAAGUUAAUUUUAUGCGACAGAAACAAUGAUGAAGAUCUUUCUGGAGGGCGUGGAAAAGUUUGUUGUUAUCACGUGAUAGACCUCUAAUGUUUGAUAAACUAUUUCUUUCUUAACCUCCAGUUGUUUGGUUUUGACGUUCAAAGGUUAUUUUCAAAGAAUGCCUCAACCUAAAUACAGAAAGAUCGCUGUAUUGGGGUAUCGUUCAGUUGGAAAAUCCUCCCUCACGAUACAGUUUGUAGAAGGACAAUUUGUAGAUUCCUACGACCCUACUAUUGAAAACACUUUUAAUAAAAUGGUGUCUGUGAAUGGUCAGGAUUUCAAUCUCCAGUUAGUCGACACUGCUGGACAGGAUGAGUAUUCCAUUUUCCCCCAGUCUCAUUCUAUGGAUAUUCAUGGUUACGUUCUGGUGUACUCUGUCACUUCAAUGAAAAGUUUUGAAGUUGUGCAGGUUCUACAUGACAAGCUUCUUGAUAUGGUUGGAAAGAUACAGGUACCUACUGUUCUAGUUGGGAACAAAAAAGAUCUUCACAUGGAAAGAGUGAUUAAGCCAGAAGAGGGCAAGAAGCUAGCUGAUUCUUGGGGUGCUGCUUUUAUGGAGUCGUCCGCUAAGGAAAAUCAGACAGCUGUAGAGGUUUUCAAGAGGAUUAUUCUGGAAAUGGAAAAAGUGGAUGGAAAUGCCCCAUCAGAGGAGAAGAAGUGUGCCGUGAUGUAGGCAUGCAGUAAACUCACAUGCUGAAAUUAAAAGACACAUCACCUUGCUAUUAAUUAUAACGAAGCAGUUCAGAAAUGGGUCCUCUCCUGAUUAAUUUCCAAAAGCGUCAAGAAACAUUAUUCCAAAAAAUCAUAUUCAGUAUUGGGAAUUAAAUAUUGUUGCUUUUUGAUGCUCAAAUUACUGUAAAAGGUUUUACUUAAAAUCUCCCAUCUCUGUUACCUUCAGCUUUGAUAUGUUGACUGACAUUUCAUUUUUAAUCUGACAGGUACUAACCUGUCUACACCUACUAUCUCCAUUUAUCUCAGCAAUACACAGUUGUUCUCUUUUUUUUUUUUUUUUUUUUGCUCUCCCUCUGACACAUAUUUACUAAUUUUACUUCUCUUGUGUAACCAAAAGAAUUAAAAUGGAUAAAAUGGGUAGGCCAUUUAAAUUGAAUUUAUACAGAGACAAUAAGAUGGCACAUAUGACAACUCAGUGCUGUGUUGCUCCUUUCCUUUUCCUAGUGGAGUAUGUAAAGUGUGGGUAUAUAUAUAUAUAUAUAUAUAUAUAUAUAUAUAUAUAUAUAUAUAUAUAUAUAUAUAUAAGAUGAUGUAAACAUAACCCCAAAAAGAUCCACUCUUGCCUGCCACUGGUGGUUUUAUACACAAUCAAGUGACUGCAAGAAUUGUGUUCUUUUUAAACCUUCAGUAUAAAGUAAAUAUGGGAUCUUUAAAACUUUAUUAGAAUUCUAUUUGUGAGAUUCAGCCUUUUUUUUUUUUUUUUACCACAUUUGCAAUUUGUUAAGGCAUAGUCUAAUAUUUACAUAGUUACCAAGGACUGAUUCAUGGUCAACAAUUUGCCCCUGUGGAGUCUUAUAUGAUCUUAAUCUUGAUUUAAAAGCAGGGUCACCAACAGUAUCUCUGUAGAGCAGUUAAGACUGAUAAUACACUGGCUACAGAAAAAAAUUUGUUCCAAUGCAUUUCUGAUAUCUUUUGCAUCAUCCUCCCCGCUUCCUAGUAACAUUUGGCUAUAUUAAAUAGUACCAUGACAUGAAUACCAUCCGGGAAUUUCCUGACCCAUACUACAUUAAAUUAGCACUACUGAAGUCCAAGGGUCCUAUAAAAUCUGACCUCCUUAUUUUCCUGGAAAGUUCAGGGUGCCAGGUUUUUCAUUUUUAUAAUUUUGACAACCUUCAUUAUAAUUUUAGGGACUUCUGUAUAUGGAUUUUUUGUAUGUGGAAAAAUAAACAUUUAAAGAAUGUG